ACACUGCUUGAUGUUUGAGAUGCGCCAUGCAGUCUGACUAAUCUAUUUUCAACUCUUGCAACCGCAACUACGGACGGACGACGCAAGGCGACAUAAGUGCAAUUGAUAAUUAUUCAAAACGAAUUCAAGUGGACUGGCCUCUGUGUCGCUUGACAGCUUCUAGAAACUUUGGAGGGACAUUUUUCUAAAUUGGUGGAGACACAAGACCACGGAACGCUUGCACGGGUUUUUGAGUAUUCUUGACCACUGCAGGCUAAUCAAAAUAUACAUGUAAUUUAUUUUACUGCCACCCUCUCUUAAAAAAAAAACACGUGACAACUGCAAUCACUGCAUUCCUGCGAGUCCAGGUUUAGGAAUUGUCACACAUUUGCAAGUAUCGGCUACCUUGUUUCAGUCGAUCCUGGGACAAACGCGGUGUGGCUGGAUGUUGCAGGCGGUGGGUCAGUGAGCGCGAGGACCAAGUACCUCUACGAAGUCCCCAACUCCCGACCUAUCUUACCUGAUGCCGUGCAUGAUGAUUGUCCUUGGAAUACUUAUGAAUGUCCUCAGUCAUGGCAGCGUGCUGUCAGGCUCCAUAGACUGUCAGGAGGCUGAGCGAGGCUGUGUACAGGAUCAGGACUGUACAGCAGUGUACAGGGUGCUGGAGUACUGUGCUGCUGAGGAGGCCGUGUCGCCCCUGGGCCCAGACGCCCGGGGAGAGUGUCUGGAGGCCCAGAGCGCCCUGCAGCAGUACCGCCCCCUCCAGGCCUGCAAGUGCCAGCGCGGCUCCCGCCGGGAGGAGCUGUGCCUCAGGGUCUACUGGACUGUCAGAUUUGCUGUGUAUAAUGAGUACGAGGUGUCUCCGUAUGAAGAUCUGGAGGUGGAGUUUGUGAGGCACAUAGAGAUGUCACGCAUGGCCUCCAUCAUGGCAGCCUCCUCUUUUCCUCUGGAUGGGCAGAACCAGUGUCUGAAAGCAGCCCAGGACUGUGGUCUGUAUGAGAAGUGUGGUUCUCUGAGGUCGGAGUAUGUUGUAGCCUGCACCAAGCGGGCUCUGGGCUCCGACGGCAGCUGUAACAGACAGAAGUGCCACCGGGCACUGCGACGCUUCCUGGAGCGGGUACCAGAGGAGUACAGCUUCGCCCUGCUAUUCUGUCCCUGCUCUGAUGCCCUCUGUGGGGAGCGCCGGCGGAAGACCAUCGUACCGUCGUGUUCCUAUGAGGAGAGAGACAGCAAACCCAACUGCCUCAGCCUGCAGGGCUACUGUGCCAGGGAUGAGCUGUGUAGAUCUCGUCUGGCUGAUUUCCAGCACAACUGCCAGCCCUCGUCACAUUCUCCCUCUGGCUGCAUGAGAGAGAGUGGAGCCGUCUGCCUUAAGGCCUACGCCGGGCUCAUAGGCACCAUCAUGACCCCCAACUAUGCCAACAAUCUCAGUAUGGACGUGUCCCAGUGGUGCACCUGUGAGGGAAGUGGGAACCAAUGGCAGGACUGUCUGCGCAUCAUGAACAUGUUCCACAGAAACGUCUGUCUGCGUAAUGCUAUCAGUUAUUUAGGAGGCUCUUCCCCUCGCCCUGUGGAGAGCACCACCCUGCCCCCUCGUCACCACGCAUCAGCCACCCCCUCUCCACACAUCUUUCAGGACAAGGACAAGAUCAAUGUCAACGUCAACAUUUUAUCAGAACGCAACAGUGUGGAGGACAGCGAGGAAGAGGAGGUAGAGGAGGAAAGCCAGGAAUUCAAUGUUAUCCCACUGUAUUCUGAGAAGGAGAAGUCUAGUGUGGGCUCCGGGACCCGAGGAGGCCGUAGAGGAGCGGCAAGCCAGACAGCACCCAUGCUGCCCCUGCUGCUGCCUGCUGCUAUGCUGGGCUGGUGGUGUCCGGUAUAACGAGCCCCCCUACUACCCCUUUUACGAUCAGCUACAGUAUCACAUUCACUGGGUCACCUCCACUAUGGCACUGAGACUGAUGAGGAGACUUAAGGCUGAGGGAAGAACAACCACAAUGAGGAAAUGGACAUUCACACCUUUCUCCUAUGGCACUCUGUCUGACAUUCACACCUUUCUCCUAUGGCACUCUGUCUGACAUUCAUUUCAUGCUUUCUGUUUUCCUUUGUUACUUUCCAUCAUUAUUUUUCUGCAAUAUCUAUCUCUCCUGCUCCGACUGCUCAUGGUCUUUAGUAGUCCUAGCUGCCCAUCUCUAUCUCUCCUGCUCCGACUGCUCAUGGUCUUUAGUAGUCCUAGCUGCCCAUCUCUAUCUCUCCUGCUCCGACUGCUCAUGGUCUUUAGUAGUCCUAGCUGCCCAUCUCUAUCUCUCCUGCUCCGACUGCUCAUGGUCUUUAGUAGUCCUAGCUGCCCAUCUCUAUAUCUCCUGCUCCGACUGCUCAUGGUCUUUAGUAGUCCUAGCUGCCCAUCUCUAUCUCUCCUGCUCCGACUGCUCAUGGUCUUUAGUAGUCCUAGCUGCCCAUCUCUAUCUCUCCUGCUCCGACUGCUCAUGGUCUUUAGUAGUCCUAGCUGCCCAUCUCUAUCUCUCCUGCUCCGACUGCUCAUGGUCUUUAGUAGUCCUAGCUGCCCAUCUCUAUCUCUCCUGCUCCGACUGCUCAUGGUCUUUAGUAGUCCUAGCUGCCCAUCUCUAUCUCUCCUGCUCCGACUGCUCAUGGUCUUUAGUAGUCCUAGCUGCCCAUCUCUUAGCUCUUCUCUCUCACAUCAGUACACAUGGAGUUGAACAAGCUGUGCAGAUAAAUAAAUAAAUGGAUGAAUUAA